GGAAUACCUAUUGACUAAAUUAGUUUUAGUUAAGACAUAAAUACGAUAUAUUUACAUAAAUUUAUUAAGUGCAUAAUUUUAACAUUAUUUAUUUAAAUAUUUAACUAACCGUAAAUUAAGAUUCAACAAAAACUGUGAUAAACUGUGAUAAAAUUGCCAUAAAAUAUUUAAUAUUUCUAGUAUUUUGAAUCUCAUAAAACCUUAUUUAUAAAAAAAGCAACUUAAAUUCCUGAGCUAUCAUGAUAACAAAUCACAAAUGGAUUUCCCAAUCAAAUGGAAGCAUUCCCAGCGAAGCCGUUGCAGCUGGUGUUGAUUCGGAUGGAGAUGCCAUUUACAUUGGUCGGGCAAGCUUCAACAAUGACUUGUUGCCCGCCAAGGUAAUUCCCAACAAGGGUAAGGCGUACGUCAGUCAUGGUGGCCAAGAGCACGAAGUGUCCAAAUAUGAUGUCCUUUGUGGCCUCUACUAUAGCUGGGCAUCUGACACUGAUGGUAAUGUCCCACCCACAGCUGUUAAAUCCGGUUUAACAUGUGACGGCGAGACGCUUUACGUUGGUAGGGGCUUUCACCAGGGCAGCUUGACCGUUGGCAAAAUUCAUCCCUCACAUGGUUGUCUGUACAUUCCGUACGGAGAGUCAGAAGUGAAGUUGACAUCAUACGAAGUGCUGGUGCAACCCGAACAGUGGAUUGAAGCAACGCCUGAUUGCAUACCUCGAGGUGCAAUCGUUGCAGGAAACGAUUCUGAUGGUGAUACAAUAUAUGUGGGCCGUCUUAAACAUGGUGGUGAUUUGUUGCCAGCAAAAGUUAUCCCAGCUAAAGGUGGUGCUUAUGUCUGCUAUGGCGGUGAAGAGGUUAAGAGCGACAAUUUUCAAAUGCUCGUGGGAGCCGGCUUCGUUUGGGCCGAUUGCGAGGAGGGUCAAGUUUUACCCGGUGCUGUACCCUCUGGAAAUACCAGUGAUGGUGAAACUCUGUACGUUGGACGGGGUCAUUACAAUGGCAGCUUGAGUGUGGGAAAAGUUCAUCCAUCGCAUGAAUGUCUCUAUCUUCCCUACGGCGGGGAGGAGGUUAAGCUUGACCAAUACGAAGUUUUGGUUCGUGUAUAAAGUAUAGUAAAGUCAUGUUGGAUGUUUCAAUGGCAAUGGCGAUGGCAGAGUGAUUAAAAAUAAAGGAAAAUGGAUAUUUUCUCCGUACCUACAUAUGUACGUAUGUGAGGGUUUAA